CGCGGCAGGCAGCAUUCAGGGGCAGACAUCAUCAUGAGGACCGGAGAGGAAGCCGUCGUGCUCGUCGCUGCUGCAAGGACCCCCAUCGAAAAUAUCAAUGCAGCCCUGGGGGCUCCUCCUUCCCCUGUGCUUUGCUUGCAGUGAUUGGGCAGUGGCUAUAGAGCCAUUCUGUGGAGGAGGGCUGUGAUUGCCUGGAGAAGCUCACUGAUGUGUUUCUCUCGCUCCGAUUGGGCCACGACUGGUAGAACCACGAAACUGAAUCGCCUUCUGUUCACUCAUUCCAUUAACAAAACCUCAGGCUGCUCUUCUAAUGCGCCUUCUCUCCACAAAGAACUGGGAUCCUUCAAUAGUGCCUUGUCUACUUUGCAUGCCCAUGAGCUGGCUUCCGUAGCCAUUAAGGAGUCCUUGCAGAGGGCAAAAGUCAAUCCAAAAGAAGUGUCUGAAGUUAUAUUUGGACAUGUCUUGGCUGCAGGUGCCGGUCAGAAUCCUGCUCGGCAAGCCAGCAUCGGUGCAGGGAUUCCAUAUGAGGUACCAGCUUGGAGCUGCCAAAUAUUAUGUGGUUCAGGCCUGAAAGCGGUGUGCCUAGGAGCGCAGUCCAUCAUGACCGGCGAUUCCAGCAUUGUGGUGGCUGGAGGCAUGGAAAGCAUGAGCAAGGCGCCACACGUCAUUCAUAUGCGCGGUGGUGUGAAGAUGGGGGAAGCUUCUUUGCAGGACUCUAUUAUCCUAGAUGGUUUGACGGAUGCCUUUUACCAUUACCACAUGGGUGUAACUGCUGAAAAUGUGGCCAAGCAAUGGCAGGUUAGUAGAGAGCAGCAAGACCAACUGGCUGUGAAGUCUCAGAACAAGGCUGAGAACGCCCAGAAGGCUGGCUACUUUGACAAAGAGAUUGUUCCUGUUCUUGUGCCAUCCAGGAAAGGUCCUGUAGAAGUUAAAACCGAUGAACAUCCCCACCAUGGUAGCAACUUAGAAACAAUGGCAAAGCUAAGGCCUUACUUUGUAAUGGAUGGGACAGGAACCGUGACUGCAGCAAAUGCUUCAGGUAUCAAUGAUGGUGCUGCCGCUGUAAUUCUCAUGAGGAAAGCCGACGCUGUUCAGCGAGGUCUUGCUCCUUUGGCACACAUUGUGUCGUGGGCUCAAACUGGUGUGGAUCCUUCUAUCAUGGGCAUGGCACCCGUCUCGGCUAUAAGGAAAGCUCUUGAAAAAGCAGGUUGGACAGUAGAUCAAGUGGAUUUGUAUGAAAUCAAUGAACCGUUUGCUUCUGUGGGUGUCGCAAUAAUUAAAGAGCUAAAAUUGAACCCAGAAAAGGUUAACAUCGAAGGUGGGGCUAUUGCCCUCGGUCAUCCUCUUGGAGCAUCCGGCUGUCGAAUCCUUGUUACUCUGCUGUAUGCGCUAGAACGAACAGGCGGAAAACGGGGUGUUGCUGCUUUAUGUGUAGGAGGAGGGAUGGGUAUAGCAAUGUGUGUAGAAAGAUAAGUGAAGCAUUUUCCUUCUGUACCAAUUUCUGGCAUGGUUUAUCUUUAUUGGUAAUAAAGUCAGUUUGUCAAUUUUAA